AUGGCGCAAUGGAAAUCAUCUAUCGUCACUUGCGAUCCGCCUCUCGGUUCAGUCACAAUACUGAAUGAGAAGGACGCGACCUUCACCGUGGGAGUACCAGCUCUAGAAUUGGAACACGGUGGCGUCAUCAAUGGCGUCUGCAUCUGGCACAACUACGGGGAGACGUGGAACGAGCUACCUCUGCGGGAAUACAAGACGCCCGUCGUAAGCUCGGAUCAGCAGGACCGCCGGUUUUUCCGGGGCUCGCUGCCUCGUCUGCCGGAAAAGUCGAAUUUCAGGUUCACGCUGCGGCUUGAGACGGACACCAACCGGACUUUGUGGAUCAAGGACCUCCAGGGUAUCGACGACGGGGAGGUAUUCUUCCAGUCUGUCGGGUUUCCAAGCCGAGAUGUCGGUCACUACCUUGAAGGCAUCAACGAGUCAGGCUUCACGGCGUCCGUCGUUGGCCAGAAGGACAAAAUCGCCGACUGCAUGGUUUGGAAUCUCUCCGCGCCCAUCCUACCGGCUCAGGGGCCAGAAUCUGGAAGGGCCAGUAGAAGAUUGGGCAAGCCGGACUGCGCGCGCUGGUUUGCGACUGUACGGCAUAAUCUGAAUUGGUUCGGGCCCAGGCAGGGGACGGACUUCAUGCAGCUGGACAAGGAAGCAGUGCUCGUGUCUUUCCUGAGAAGGGAUGGCUUGCACGUUGUCCUGCUUCCGGCCGGCGGCCUUGAUAACUCCAUUACGACACUGGUCACAGAUCACGAGGGUGCCUUGGUUGCCGUGUCCAGGAACGAAGAUGAAUCUGAAGGUCAGGCUCGACUGCUCGUGUCGGUGGCGACAGACUUUGAGCAGGCUCUGAGCAGCGUCAUGGCCGAGGCGAAGCGGAUGGCUUCUUCCAAGCACCACAACGGUAACGGGCACCAGAAUGGUCAUUCACAAAAUGGAGGUCCUAAAAAAUAUUUGAUCUCCCAAACCACAGCGCAUCUCAACGACUGGAACGAUGGAUUUUCAUAUUGCACAUGGAAUAGCCUUGGUCAGAAUCUCAGUCACGACAAGAUUCUGGGUGCCUUGACUAGACUCUCUGAGAGUGGGAUUAACAUAGCUAACUUGAUCAUCGAUGACAACUGGCAGUCCCUUGAUGGCGACGGGUCGGAUGCGUCUCGUCGCCGCUGGGAACGGUUCGAGGCAAACCAGGAAGGUUUCCCACAUGGACUAAAGGGGCUAGUAUCAGAAAUCCGACAACAUAACCCACAGAUUCGCAACAUUGCCGUUUGGCAUGGCAUCUUUGGCUAUUGGGGCGGCAUAUCACCCAGCGGCCAAAUAGCCAGCAAAUACAAAAUGCGAAAAAUACAACUACGCGAUGAGCCAGAAGUUCAACCAAAAGAUUUUGACUUUUACACGGUUGAUGGCGAGGAUGUCCACAGAAUGUACAAUGACUUCUACGCUUUCCUUGCCGACUGCGGCGUUAGCGCCGCAAAAGUCGACACUCAGGGCUUUCUCGACUACCCGGCACACGCCAACGACCGAAAAAACCUCAUUCGGCCCUACCAGGACGCCUGGACCACGGCAGCCAGCAAACACUUUGGCGGCCGUGCCAUUGCCUGCAUGGCCCAAACCCCCCAGUCCAUCUCGCACUUGCUCCUGCGGCAGGGGCUCAGCGAGGGCCCAAUGCUCAUGGCGCGCAACUCGGACGACUUUUUCCCCGACGAGGUCGAGUCGCACACUUGGCACGUCUUUUGCAACGCCCACAAUGCGCUCCUCAUGCGGCACCUCGGCGUCCUGCUGGACUGGGACAUGUUCCAGACCACGACGCCCAAGUACGCAGCCCUGCACGCCGCGGCCAGGUCCAUUUCUGGCGGUCCGAUAUACAUCACGGACGCGCCGGGUGAGCAUGAUUUGCAACUCAUCAAGCAGAUGACGGCACAGACGGCGGAUGGGAGAACCAUCGCGCUCCGGGCCGACGAGGCCGGUAGGACCUUGUGGCCGUAUGGAGGACACGGCGAGCAGAGGCUGCUCCGGGUGCGGAGUGGCCAUCAAGGCGUGGGCAUGCUUGGAAUCUUCAAUGUGUGCAAUCGAGGCAGUCUGCUGGGCGAGCAGGUCAGGCUUGGUGACUUUUAUCAUGGUAAAGAUGCCAGUAAGGACAGUUUUGUGAUUUCACGCUUUAGCACCGGCGAGAUGAUAACACCAGCCAACCGAGAGACGGUGAUUGAGAUCGGGUUGGAGGAGGGUGGCUUUGAGAUAUUCACGGCUUACCCUAUCACGAAGCUCGGUGGCCUCGCCGUUGCGACCCUGGGACUCGUCGGGAAGAUGGCUGCAGCUGCGGCGGUGUCGCGCGUGAGCUACUCGGAGUAUCGUGAUGGCUUUAUACCGGCCGGCGUUGAAGUCUCCGUCUCCAUGAAAGCUCUGGGGACCCUGGGCAUAUUUGCGCGAUCUUCUGAUCCGGAAGAUUCACGAAAGGUCGCGGUAAAGAGCAUUACUGCCAUGGAAAAAGCCGUGUUCAACCCGAAGAAGGUUGCUUCAAUGGGUAAUCAAGACGAGAUCAGGCUGGACUUGGAGUCUCUAUCGAUUGAACUUGGAUUAGACUCGUGCUAUCGAGAUGAGUCCACUAUCGAUCUGACCAUUGUGCUCCAGUUUGAAGAAGAUAUUGCGGAUACGAUUGGCAUCGUGGCAGAAACUCCCAGCCCAGAGGCAGCAGCUGCAUGGCGCUGGUGGCGUUGCACCAUUCUGUAG